CUUAUAUUGCAUUGUGAUUGUGUUAGACAAAAUGUUGUGAAAUAAGGUAGUUUUUUUAAUAAGUGAUACGAAUGAUGAUGUCACCCUCUGCGCGCGCAGUGUUUUUCCUAAUCUGUAGCUAAUCAUAUCCGAUAAAAUCCAUUAAAAAUAGAUAUCUUAAUUUACUGUGAACACUGUUGUGAGGAAAAAUCUAUUAUGAAUUUAUGAACCACCCAGAUAGGUAACUUGAUUGACACAACAGAUUUUAUACCUAUUGUGUCUGGUCGAGAUCUGCGUUGCGGUGUUGGAAAGAUAAAAAAGGAGAUCGGGAUACCAAGAUGCCGCCCAAAGAACUGGAAGGCAAAACUCUCGGAGAGAAACAUCGAUACUACAACAAACUUGUCAAAGAUGCUAUCACAAGCGACACGAUUUUGGAGUCUGGUGAUUUCAAAAGCACUAAUGACGUCGAUAAUUUAAUAAAAAUUGAUAUCGCCAGCAACAAAAGAGAUGUAGAGUAUAUACUCAAUGUACUUAAGUGUGAAGACAUGUUGUAUAUAUCUCGCGCUAUCAAAAAAUGCUCAUGGCUGAUCACCGAUAGGAAACACUCCCACAUUAUCAAUCCGGAAUACUUGCACACUCAAUUAUUUCCACAAAUGAUAUUCAAAGCCAGUGCUAAGCUAAUGCUGCAUAUUCGACUCAAUCUUAAAGAUGAAGAUCGCGUUGAAGGCUUUUACAAUUACAUUAAAGAAAAAGAUGCAAAAGCGGCCCUCAAAUGGUUACCGCACUGUUCUCUGCCCUUUAUACAAAAUGAAGUUGAAAACAAACAUAGCGACAUGAGCGACCAUCUGCUUAAACGUCUCUUUGAAAUAUCUAUUACAAUUCUUGAAAUUUACAUUAAAAAAACGGAUUAUUAUUGUAAAACAGAUAAAUUACGACUUGCAUUAUUCCUAAUAAAUACAAAUACUGAAGAGUAUUUGAACAUAAUAGAACCCCUUGAUUCUUAUCAUAUACCAAACUUUGGACCGAAAACUACCAGCGUUUUGAUGAAAAAAUGUCCCCAAAGAAUUUUAGAUAAGUUUGAAAAAUAUGCCAAUAAGAUUGAUUUGGAAACUUUUGCAAAACAUUUGAAAAAGGAAGAGAUAAAAGAUUUCUUAACAGAGAAAGCUGGAAAUAAGGAUUUGAAAUCAUGGUUCACUUUCGACAAUUUAAAACACUUUGCCAGACAUAUGCCGAAAGAAGGCAAAUUUGAAUUCCUGAAGAAACUGUUUAUUGAAGGAAAGAGUAACGAUGAAAAUAAGGACAUUGUACCGUAUCAAUCUGAUGAAUGCAGCAUGAGCUGUGCUAUGCAAUUGUGUUCAACAAGUGGAAUUCCUUCGGCAAGUUCCGCCAAUAUUUAUCGUUGGUAUCGUUUUGCUCCCUUUGAUGUUGCAUUUCCAGAUUUGAUUAAACUGAUUCGUGCCGAGUCAGCUCCUACUGAACGCAUCGCCAUCUUCGGCGUUCUCUUGUCCUGUGCUGGCAGGAAUCCUCAACACUUGCACACGUUAUUACAGUAUUACCACGACAAGCACAUAAAUGAACCUUUUAAGUUUAAAAUACAGUUCGUCAACAUGAUACUCUCCAAGACGAAUUCACACAAAUUUGAUGAGUUAUCCUGGAACUUACUGAACAAAAUAUUUUACAGUAUGGAAGUAUACACCGAAUCUGAGAAUAACGUUCAAUCCUGUAUCGGAGCAAUAAUUGUGUACAAAAUUCUGCAUAAUGAACCGAUACCUGAGAUCAUAGAAAAUAAAUUUCAGUUUAAUUCCCUCAAAUCCAUACAAAGCAAAUUGAACAAGGAAGAAAAUGAGAUAAUUUUCAAUUACUUAUACAAAUUGGUCGCAAAAAAACUUGAAAAUAAAAAAAUUGCCAGUGAAUCAGAUUUGUCAGAAAUUAUUCAGUCGGUGGAAGAUAUUGAAAACCUUUUAAUAGACUGGAAACGGGAACUCGUUGAUUACCCAGUUAUAAUCGACAAAAUUAAGGAAAUCAUUAAAAUCAAAAACGAAAAUUCGUGGAAACCAAGCUUGUCCUCUCUUUACCACAUAAAAAAGUCAUGGAGAAAAGUUUUAUUCGAAGAGUCUGUGUCCAUGUCUCCAUCCGAUGAAACUUGCCAUAACGCUUUAAAACAUGAUCCGGACUUACUAUCACGACACAAAGACGAGAUGGAGAAGAUUCUUGUUAAUGAUAGUGUGUUUCUACGGCGCUCACUGGUCACACUGCGCGUGUACUGGCCGCAGACUUUAGCUAGCGAAUGGUCGACUUCGUAUCUCACUCGACUGGACCAAGCAGGUGGACAUAAAGCACUGACACGGGGCCUCUGCACCUUAAUGUCCCUUAAUCAAGUAAUUGAUAUCGUGAAGAAAUAUGCCCCUCCUGAAAGUAAGAUAAAUUGGAGUGUAGAUGAUGAGCAUGUGCUCAGUUUACGAAAACAACUUGCUAGAAAUAUGUACCUGUCCAGACCUCACCCGCCACUCGAUGUGGUCAUGCUGUACGCUCGUGGCGAUUAUUUGCAAUUCGCUCUUCCCUCUCUAAAUGCAGUUCUACACAACAUGAGCUCUGCAAGUAGCCGCCAACAAAUAACAAAACUUUUAGAUGCACCAGUGUCCUUACAAAAACACGGAAUCAGACUCGCCUUCACUAAGUUAGAUACCGCAGAAUUGAAACAAGUAUUUCAUAAUAUUUGGAAUGCAAGUAAAAAUUCAUCCAUUCGAGCAGUGUUGUUUGAACAGACGUACAAUCUGCUCUGCAGAGAGAAAAACGCAACCAUGAUAAAUGAAAUAUGGGAAUUGCUAAAUAUAUUUAUUGAAAAUAUAUCAACCGAAGAAAACAAAAAAAUAUAUGAAUUACUGGGUAAGGUUGAUAAUGUACCAAUCGGUGUAAGAGGCAAAUUUAUAAUGAAGGGAUUCAAGUUUUUAAAGUCCCUACCAUCUAAGGCAAAUUGUGAAAGCAUUAUAAAUAACAUAAUAUAUAAAAUGCCGAGUGUGAUGGAACACUUAGAUCCAGGAUUUGUUUCAGAAUUGCUAAUGGAUUCUUUAGAUGAAAAGUUCAGCAAACAGGGAUAUGAACUCAAGGAGAUAAUGGCAACCUACUUACUUUGCGCUAAAGACGUAGAGUCACAGACCGAGAGGUUUAACAAGAUUCUGCUUCCACUGCUGGAACGCUCGUUUGCACAAUGUAAAGAUUAUAAAAAGACAGAUGACGAGAAAGAAGAAGUUCCUAAAUGGAUAGGAGAAAAUAUUAGAUAUUUAUUGGAGGAGAUUUCAGGACAAUUUCAAAAGUUUGUUUUCGAGAAAAAGAUGGUUUUCCCUAGCAAAUUAUUCACGGAUAUAUUAAAUCUACUAGAAAAAUCGUUACCUGUUGAAGUCAACUAUACUGUUCUAAGAUAUUGGAAAUUGACAACAACGUAUGUAAGUCUCUUAGAAGAACAUAAAGCUUUGUUACCAACUGUUAAUGAAGAAACUAAAUCAUUAACUACUUAUGGUUAUUACUAUGCGAGACACGAAAAUAAAUGGAACGAGGUGUACAUGAAAGUGAUACCCGAUUUUUCUGAUAUAUGUCUUCAAUAUUUGAAAAAAGAUAUACAAAAAUAUUUUUCCUCUAUUUACUUGUUAUUUGGAGAAGCUCUUAACCGUACAUUUGAAAAUAUUCAUCCACUGGUUCGUGUAAAUCUCUUUAAACAUAUUUUAAAAGAUGGCGAGUUUAUUCAGAGCUAUUUGCUAGUUCUGGAAAAUUUGCCAGAACACUAUUACGAGAAAGAUGAAGAAUCAGAGGUAGCAGCAGAAAUACGUAAAAUGAUUUCGUCGCAUCCUUCAACAGAAAUUAGAAUUCACUAUUACAGAAAGUAUCAGGAUGCCGUCGGAUGGGAAAACGCUGAAGUUAAUGUCAGGUGUUAACUCAUUGCUUUGCCUGAUCAUUUUGUAUUUUAUAAUUAUAUAUUAUACUGUUUGAAUUGUGGACCGAUCUAAAUGUAUUUUUAGAUUUUGGCCUUGCUGAUAAAAGUAAUAUGCGCAUGUAUGAAUAUUUUAACUUUUUUAGAUAUCAGAGGCCUAUAAUGCACAAGUGAGUUAUAUUCUACACAAGUAAUUUACGCAAUAUCUUUAAGAAUAACUAUUUCAUGUUAUAAACAAUUGUACCUACUUAUUACGAUUUAUUGUUUUUUUUUUAACUAACCUAAUUAGGCUAUUCAUUAAGGAGUUAUUUAAGUUUUUUGAUAAAUUAAGUCAAUAGUUAACUUGGUAGGUAUAUUGUUUAAAUAAUAUACAGUAGGUACUAAGAGUCGUAAUAUUAUUAAAUUAAAUAAUAAAUACUUUACAAAUA